AUGCAAGACUUUAAAGAUAAUACCAGAUGGCUAGUAGGCAAUGGAGAACAUAUUUCAGUAUGGAAGGAUGCCUGGAUAUUGGAUUCAAGUAUCAUUAAAGCUUUCCCAGAAAAUGAGUAUAUCCAGCAGAACAUCCAUAUGAAGGUGAAAGAAUUGAUUGUAAACAACACAUGGAAUAUUCCAGAAGAGAUGUUGGUUUUCUUCUCAACUGGAGAUUUGCCUUUACUUACUGCUACACCUGAUAAGCUGAUUUGGACUGCAACUCAAGAUGGUGCUUGUUCAGUUCAUAGUGCAAUUAAUGUGGUCAGAAAAAGACAACCUAAGCUGAGAUGGUACAAAAGAAUAUGGAAAUCAUGUGUACAUCCUUCUACUGCUGCAAAUGUGUGGAAAAUUUCAAGAGAAGCUUGCACAACAGAUGAAAAUGCAAAAAAAAGAGGUAUGAACAUUGCUUCCAGAUGUUAUCUUUGCUUGAAAGAUCAAGACUCUAUAAAUCAUUUACUGUGGAAUUGUGAUUAUGGGAAAAAUUUUUGGAGAUGUAUUGGUGGAAUUUUUUCUUUCAAGAAUCCAAAAUCUUAUGAUGACAUUAUGAAAUUCUGCAAAGAUAAAAGUUCAGUAAUACAAGAGGUAUGGCAUAUUGCAGCUUUCAAUAUAAUGGUGGAUAUUUGGUUUACCAGGAAUAAGCUUUUCUUUGAGAACAUAAUUCCUGAUAGUAAGAAGGCACAACAAAAAAUCACCAAGAUGGUCCAAGAAUGUGAAGUGAGGUUAAAAGGAAAUAUGUACAAUUCUGCUUAUGACUUACAAAUUCUUAAAUACUUUAACAUUGGUUGCAGAAGAGUGAAAGAUUUUAGAGCAAUAGAAUGUACAUUUUCUCUGCCUAAACCAGAUAUAUUUUUACUUUGCUGUGAUGGAGCUUCUCAAGGUAAUCUUGGAUGUGCUGGAUAUGGAUUCAUAGCUAGGGACAGUGAAGGAAAAUUCAUUUUUGCUGAAAGUGUUGGACUGGGAAUAUCAACAAACUUUGUAGUUGAAGUGCUGAGUGUUAUUGGUGCCUUGGAAUGGGCAGUGCAGAAUUCAGAAACUAAUGUAGAUAUCAACUCAGACUCUACAGCAGCUAUUGCAGCCUUUACAAAAAACAAGCUCCCAUAG